AAGGCCAUACACUAUAAGAGAAUUAUCCUAUUGCAGUCCAACAUUCCUUGAUUAUUGACCAAAGACCCAACUUGUAGCUUGAAUUUGCCUUAUGUUUAUGUUUCAUACCAGAUGAGAUACCACAUCCACACAUAAGCUUAUUGAGGGAAUCUGGAAAAUGAACUUUAGGUUGAAAUUACAGAAAGGAGGAAUUAUUUUCAUAACCGGAUUUAUAAUGUUUUCCUCCAUACAUUUACUUUUGCCAGGUAAGAACGGGGAGUUAGAGUGAGUCCUAUGAUUAAGAAGGAAGACUAGCCAGUGAUACCUACUUACACGGUUAUAGACAAAUUGAGUGGAAACAGAUAAUGAGGAAUGAGUCCAGACAGAACAGAGGAACAAAGGUUACCACGGACUCUGUAGUUGUAUCCUGCACGGAACUGGUUCAGGCGACACCCGCUGCAAAUCUACCUGUCCCCAAAGGAACCAGAAGUAUUGUGUUGGAAGACAAAACUUCAUUGAGACUGAUAGCGGCCUACAUGAGGGGCGGAUCCACAUUGAUGGCUGACCUUGUGCGUAACACACCUGCUGACUUCUACAUGUUUGAGCCGUUACAUGGUAUCUAUUUCGCUGUGAGAGAAAAGAAGUUAGUUCAGUUUCUAAAUGGCACAGAAAGAUAUAUAUCAAUGGAUGAAGUGGAAAACGUGUAUGUUGAGAUGAUGUACCACUGGUAUACCUGCAGCUUUGACUAUAUUGACCUGAUUUCUCUGAGCAGUAGGUUUAUAAAGAUACAUACACCGGAACACAAUGUAUAUUUCAAUUGUAUUUCACGACCCAAAACUAGAGAAACUAAACGAGACACUGUCAGACGCUGUAUAACACAUUUACAAACUAAAUGCAAAAGAGCCAAGUCGCGUACUAUAAAAACAGUUCGAUUGCCGUUAUUGACGGUGAAAAAACUCAUCAAACGUCUUCCAAGUUUGAAAGUCGUUCAUUUAAAUCGGGAUCCACGUGGUAUAUUGAACUCGCAGUUUCAGCUGCUAAUAAAUGAGGGAAAAAAUGUGACAACUGCUGCUAGAGAAUUGUGCGGAACAAUGGAGGAAGAUUUGAAAACAUACGAAGAUUUUGAGUUCUGUAGCGGUCGAAUAUUGCGUGUUAUUUAUGAAGAACUGUGUCAAUUUCCUUUCAUUAUUGUGCCAAAAAUAUAUAAUUUCUUCAAAAUAACCUCUAUGAAGAGGAACGGAUUGAGAAUGGUAGAAACCAAGAUGAUGGGUCCGUUAAGAAAUUGUGCAUACUGUACAAAUCGUGGAGAUGCCGUUAAGACUGCCUAUCGAUGGAUCGACAGCAUCAGCAAGGAAUUCCUUCAUACUGCGGACAGGUUUUGUUCAGUCAUAUAUUCCAAAUUAGGAUAUCUACACUUAAAUUAUGAAAAUCUAAAAAUUACAAAAACUUCAUGGCAACCGUUCCGGGAAGAGACGAAUAAUACAGAUACCGGAUUGUCUAACAUUCAUUAGUAUCCAAUGUAACUUGUACGACUGUGUUGUGGACAGGUACAUGUGCUUGAUGUUUUGUUUUCUGUUUGUAUUUGGUAUAAUGAACGAUGAUAUUUUUAAUCAUAUCUUCUUGACAUUCUUCAGAGAGCUUUGCAUAUUUAAUCACGAUUUGAACUUAAAGAGACACUACAGCUCAUUUUGCGCAAAAAUCAUGAAAUGACAAUUUUCCUAGCGCUUUCUCAAUUUUUGUUGCAUUGUUGAAAUUAUGAACUUUGCGAAAAUAACACUUAUCUAAAGUUUAAAAUUAUCGUUUUAACGUAAAAAUUAAUACUUUUUGAUGGCCUAUACAAAAAAUAUCGAGUCUCCUCCUUUCAGUCUUCAGACGCAUGCGCAUAGACAGUAAACAGUGCAGCAUGUCGUCCAGUGAGAGAAAGUGUAGUUGAUAGAUCUAGAAUUUUGACAGAUUCUGUGAGAAAAGAGGUAAAAAUAGAAUGAGAUAAAACUCAUACGUGAAAUAAAAUUUACCAUGGUAUCAGUUUGACCGUUGGAAAACAAAGAGUUCGGAGAAACCCAUGUAACUCAGUGGCGGAUCUAGGAUUUCCGAAGGGGGUGUGGAAGUCAAAGAUUAGCCACAGUAAUCGGCCAUUUUGGUGCAAAAUUUGGAUUUUCAUUCAAAAUCUGUGGCGUAAAAAGGGAGGGGAGAUCCUGCCCCCCCCCCCCCCCUAAAUCUGCCAUUGAGAUUAGCUGCGAAGACACUACUUUUAAAAGUAAGUGCUAUUUUUAUCUGAACACGACACGUGUUAGUUGUAAAAACAUCGGUCAAUGGGAACAUGGAAGGGUUUCUGUUGAAAUAAUGAUUGAUAUAAUUACUUAUUUUAAGGAGCAGGGAAUACUCUUAUACUUGAAAGGUGAGUGUGGACCUCCUUGAAGGGGAAUUUAAAUAAUUUCCUACACAACACCUUUGCUGUCAUUCAAAACCACGUGAUGUAAAUAAGCAUUCAAAAGUCCGAGUCAGAAUGAAGAAACCUUUGAAUUCCGAACGAUCUUCAAAGCGCAGUUGAGAGUAAAUUGAUGCAUCCCAAUUGUUCAAAAUUGUCAGUAUCGAUAUGAAUUUUAUCAUUUUAUCAAUACAUGUUUUAAAAAACACUUUAUUAAAAUGUGGAAAAUGAGCUGUAGUGUCUCUUUAAGAUUAGACGCAAUAAGCGGAAGUUGGCGGUAUUUGUAGAUGUAUAUUUUCACAUCACCUGUGCUAUAUAGACAUAUUUUGCGACACUAGAAUAAAAGAGAUCUUACCUGCAUGAU